AUGGAAGAACUAUUGCAGUAUCAAAUACAAAUAGGGUUCGACUGGAAUCUUGUCUUCAAAUGGGAAUUCUUGACAGGGAAAUUGAAAGACGAGCGUCACGCACAUCCAACUGCUCCAAUAAAGUCUCCAACUAUGGCUGGUGGUUUAUUUGCGAUCAAAAAGAGUUGGUUCGAAGAGCUUGGUACAUACGAUAUGGGUAUGGAAGUUUGGGGAGGCGAGAACCUAGAAAUGUCGUUUCGUGUUUGGCAAUGUGGGGGUUCCUUAGAGAUUAUGCCAUGUAGUCGCGUCGGACACGUGUUUCGUAAGCAACAUCCCUACACGUUUCCGGGAGGGUCUGGAAAUGUUUUCCAAUCGAAUACGAGACGAGCAGCCGAGGUAUGGAUGGAUGAAUACAAAGCAAUCUAUCUGAAAAAUGUGCCUUCUGCGAGAUAUGUGAAAUUUGGAGAGUGA